UUAUAUAAUAUAAAUAGCAUAAAGGAUGAUAUUAUGAAUAUGUGGAAAUCUGUAAAUAAUAUAAAACAAAAAUUUUCUAGAAAUUUACCACUAAAAGAAAAAUUAUUUCAAAUGGAAAAGAUGUUACUUGAUAUAAAUAAUAUUAUGAAUGAAACGAAAAGAAUAUCAAACACAGAUGCAUAUACUAAUAUAACUCUCCAGGAUAUUGAAAAUAAUAAAAAUAAAGAAAAUAAUAAUAUGAAUAUUAAAACAAUUGAUAAAUUAAUAGAUGAUAUAAAAAUACAUAAUGAAAAAAUACAA